AAAUAUAAUUGAAGUUCCAAAGGAAGGGAAAUAGGAAAAAGCAAAGCAAGUGUUGAAGUAGGAAAAAGCAGAGAAAAAGGAUGAGCAGCAUCGGAACUGGUUACGAUCUGUCUGUUACCACUUUCUCUCCCGACGGCCGCGUUUUCCAGAUUGAGUAUGCCGCCAAAGCCGUCGAUAACAGUGGAACUGUAAUUGGAAUAAAAUGCAAAGAUGGGAUUGUCAUGGGAGUAGAGAAGCUAAUAACAUCAAAGAUGAUGUUACCUGGUUCCAAUCGAAGAAUCCACUCCGUUCAUCGUCAUUCCGGCAUGGCAGUGGCUGGAUUAGCAGCUGACGGUAGACAAAUUGUCGCACGUGCUAAAUCUGAAGCUACUAAUUAUGAAAGUGUGUAUGGUGAAGCCAUUCCUAUAAAAGAACUUGCUCAACGUGUCGCUAGUUAUGUCCAUUUAUGCACCCUCUACUGGUGGCUUAGGCCCUUUGGUUGUGGGGUAAUUCUCGGAGGCUAUGAUAGAGAUGGACCCCAAUUAUAUAUGGUUGAACCAUCUGGCAUCUCCUAUAGAUAUUUUGGUGCUGCAAUUGGGAAGGGAAAACAAGCUGCUAAAACAGAAAUUGAAAAAUUGAAGCUGUCUGAAUUGACGUGCAGGGAAGGGGUUAUUGAAGUAGCCAAAAUCAUUUACAAGGUACAUGAUGAAGCAAAGGAUAAGGCCUUUGAACUUGAGAUGAGUUGGGUUUGUGACGAGUCAAAGCAACAACAUCAAAAGGUUCCCGAUGACCUUUUGGAGGAAGCUAAGGUUGCGGCUAGGGCUGCACUAGAAGAGAUGGAUGCCGAUUAAACAUUAAUGGAGCCAGAAUGCUCCUGUUAUGAUAUUUUGGUCUUAACUGAUUUCCUAUUGUUAUGAACCUGAUGUUUAAUGUAGGAUCAAAUCAUUUACCAAUUGAUCGUGUUUUCUUGUAUCAUUUCAUCUCAUAAAGAUCUGCUGACCUUUUUAAUAGGACCAUGGAUUUCAGACUCCUAUGAAAUUUGUAACUGUUUUUGUUUAGACAGCAAAUACGAACUGAGACUUGGGCAGUCGCUGGCUAUGUCGAAAAAGGUCGGGAAUAUUUUGCUAUUCUACUCCUCUUCUAUAUAUAGGAAAUUAGAACGGUUGAGAAAUUGAAAAUUGUAGCAAUACAUUUUCAAUUAUUGAUAUAGUUUUACAACCUUUUUUUAGCAACAAUCUAGUUAUAAUUGAUAA